AUGGGUAAACGUCAGAUCCUUCACAAAUAUGGGACCCAAGAGGGCAGAGAUUCCAGGACUAAGCUGGAGGGCCCGAAGGACGAGGAACCAGAGGAUGAAAGGGGUCUGUCGCCGAUCGAAGAGGAGUCCGAAUCCGCAGGAUCGUCCAGAGACACCUGCAGCGAUGUCGAGGAUUCCGGGGAAGAGGACUCCAAGAGGAAGGAUAUCGAACAAGGAUCUAAGGAUCGGGCUGUAGAUUUGAAAAACUCCUCGGGGGAAGAGAGCAGUUCCGAGGGAGAGACCUUGCAGAGCUUCAGCUUCACGAUCGGACCUCCUCGCGGCCAUCUGAAAUCAGACGCAUCCGGUGAUAACGACGAGAAGACUCUGAAGACUACUUUGGAGUGGCUGAAGGGGAAGGUGGAGGACUCAGCUCGAGAAAUCGUCGCCUUGAAGAAGGAGCUGAGCCUUGAAAAAUCCAGAAAUCGUCAGCAGGUCCUGCAGGUCCUUCGGUAUCGCGAGGAGUGUUCAAAAGAGAGCGAGAUGCUGAAGACGAGCUUGCAGACCUGGAAGGACGAAACGAACGGCAGGCUGCAGUCGCAGGUCGUCAGGUGGCAGAUGGACGAAAGGAAAAGGAUCAACGAGGAGCUCGAAAAAAUCGUCGAGGACAUCAGGAGCAGUCUGGAGAAGGACGCUAAGGAGUGGCAGCGGGAGGUGAAGCGAAGGACAUCCGACCUGACGAAAAAGGAGAGGACCAAGCGAGAGGUCGAUGCCGAAGACACCAGGAUACUCUACGAGAAGAUCCAAAGGCACUUGGGAAACCUCGAUAAGCGGAAUAAAAAAUCCUACGACAACUUCAGGAAGCAAAUCGACGUCUGGGAGGAGCGACUUCGGGAUGAGGUAGUGAAGUUGCACCAGAACGACCUGAAGAAGAUCAGGCGUCAGUUGAAAUUAUGGUACAAGGACCAUGGUACCAGUUGGUACAGCACGAUCUCUCUGGCAUCUCCAGGAAAGGGAGAGUGGCAAGCCGAGGCCCAAAGGACUCCUAAGCAGACCUCCAGGUCGCGAUCCUUCGACCGACCCUCGACAGACGAAGACGAUCUCCUGAAGAGACUUUUCGACAGCAGUUCGAAGGAACUGAGACAAGUCGAACGAACCUUGAAGACGGAGAUUCAGGACGAUCGAGAGGAGUUGACGAAGAGGAUCGACGAUAAGGUCGAGGAGCUCUGGGUAGCUUUCGACGAGUUGAAGCAGAACCUCGCCGUCGAGAGGAGUUACCAGGUCGCCUGGAGAUUUCAACGAAACCAGGUGAUAGACCACCUGGACUCGGAUUCUGCCCAAUCAGACGUUAGUGAUAAACGAGGGUGCCCCAGGAGACGAAAGACCGCGAAUUCUGGGACGAAUACUGAUCUCGACACGGAUGAGGAAGAUGCUGGGAGGAGGCCCAAGAAGGUGUCUUUCAGAAGGAACUCUCUUGUCGAGAUGCCGAUCGUGCCCCAGGUCAGGGACGAGAACUUCCGCAGGAAGUGA